AGAACGCAGAUAAACACAUCAUAGCCUGUUUCCAGCCAGCCCCUUACAUUAUCUUGACAUCUUUGUAUUUCAUCAUCGCUCUUUCCUCGUGAACAAGAAAAGGAUAUAUAUUAAGACACCUCCUCAGGCACCACCACCACCUCCAACUUCUAUCAUCAUGCUUCCUACAUCUAUCCAAACAACUGCUUCCUCAUCUACAUCCUCUGUCUACACAACGCUCGUCAAGAGUAUCAACGACUACAUCGACGACGACGACGACGACGACGACGACGAGUAAUCGAUCAAUCUAUCUAUCAACAAAAGGUCUUUAUUUCAUCAUGGGUGCUGUCGUCUCCUGCAUUGAAGCCAUCUUCGGCGCAAUCGGCCGCUGCCUAAUGGCCAUCGUAAACGGCAUCGGCGCAAUCCUUCAAGCCAUCAUCUCCGGCGUCGUCACCGUGUUUGAUGUGAUCAUCUCGUGCGUCACUUGCGGUGCUGCUGGGGGAAGAAGAAGAAGAAGACAUCACGGCACGACGACGAGGGCGACUAUAUGAUCCCAUUCUCCGUCCUCUACUUAUCUAGUCCUCUCGCCGAAUGAGCGACUCUUCUUCGCUUGCGGCUUUCGAUCGACGAUUACGAUUACGAUUACGAUUUGAGUUAUGAUGCUAUGGUUCUUUUUUUCUAUGUGUUAUUGCUUCUUGCGAGUACUCCAUUUGUAUUUGAUAUCAUACCCCUCUGUAGUCUAGAUUCAAACGAAUCCAUCUUCGAUCGUAUCUUCCC